AUGGAUCAAGAUCAAGAUGGUGUUACUGAUCUCAUGAAGGAAGUAGAGCUUCUGAAAUCUUUAUCACAUCCAAAUAUCGUUCAUUAUGAAGGUUUCUUGUGUGAUAUCAACACUCUGAACAUCGUGCUAGAAUUUGUGGAAGCAGGAUCAUUAUCAAGCAUUCUCAAACAGUUUGGAAAGAUGCCUGAAAAGUUGUGUGUGAAUUACGUGCUCAAGAUGUUGGAAGGAUUGGAAUAUCUUCAUGGAAAGGGAGUUGUGCAUUGUGACUUGAAGUGCGCAAACAUCCUUACAACGAAAAAUGGAGAAACCAAAUUAUCUGAUUUUGGAGUGUCCAAGCAACUGAACGUAUUAGAUAAGGAUACGAAAGCUGUUGUUGGAACACCAAAUUGGAUGGCUCCUGAAGUGAUUGAAUUGAAUGGAGCUUCUACUAAAUCAGAUAUAUGGUCGAUGGGCUGUACGAUUAUUGAGAUGCUGACUGGCAGACCACCAUAUUGGGAUUUGAAUCCAAUGACGACCUUGUUUAGGAUUGUGGAAGAUGAUGGCCCACCUCUUCCAGAAGGAAUAUCAAAUGACAUGAGAGCAUUUUUGACGAGAUGUUUUCAAAAGGAUACCACAAAACGAGCGGAUGCUACAGAAUUAUUGCAACAUGAUUGGAUCAGGAAGAAUGUCAAGGGUGAGAGAGGAAUAGGCUCGAAUCCCUCGUCUGUAGUCAAUUCGCAAACUGCUUCGCCAGCCAUAUCUCGACAAGGGUCCAUGAAUCCAGUCCACGUUGAAAUAUUCCACCACCCACAACCUCCCAAAGGAUCUCAAUCAGAAUUCUCACCAGUCGUUGACAAGAGGACGAGUAGUAAUCUUGUGCCAUUGUCAGCAGCACGACAACUAUCAGCUACUGUACGGACGUCUAGUGUGCCAACCACUCCUACAUCACAAAACGAUUCUUCGCCUGAUAUUGUGAAAUCUUAUCAAGCUAGUCCCGUAGACCGUAAUUCGUCCUCUGAUUUGCAUAUGCCGGGUGCAAGUAAACGAUUGUCUAGCGUGAUUGCACCACCAUCAAUGACAGCACCUGUAUUGAAUGGCAAUAAUGGUAGCAUUAGCCCAGCAGUGGUAUCACCUGAACGAUUGGCUAUAGAUCAGAUGGCUCGAUCUCUUCAUAGUAAUGAUCAUAAACCGCGACACCGAUCAUCAUUGGCUAUCCAUAAAGACGAUGAUUCAACCGCUUCAACCGAUGACGGAGGGAAUACUGUAGAGUUGAUGCCACCAGUGCCAACUAUUCCAUCUACACGAGCAACAUCAGUGCAAUCUUCCACUCCGCAAACCCCCUCUAUAAAUACAACACCAAGGAACGAAUCAACCAUUGCACCAGGUAGUAGCGAGGCUACGAAACCUAUUACAUUGAUUACACAAAAACAUAUAAUAGGCGCUGUGAAACCUAUAGUACCGCCAUCACCAUCAUCAUCAUCGGGAUCUCCAGGCAAAUUAUCGCCAAUGAGCCCUGACGUUGGUCCAUCCUCGACUGACGGAAAACAUUCACGAAUGGGGUCAACCAAUUCAUUGAAUGGGCCUUUGUCACCUUCAUUAAAUAAUAGUGCACCACCUAUAUUUACUGCAUCACCAGCAGCUCGAUCAGGAACUGUUCGUAAAGAAGGUGUUGCUGUAAUGACAGGAUCAGUACCCCCAAUUCCAUCGAAGGGUAGUACGUUCAAAAUCAAUUCUGGUCUUUUGAAGAAUGAUGCCGAGUUGCAGCUUACACCAGACAGUGCUACAAACUUGCCCAAAGAAUUGGGUACUGUACGUGCUGGACUUGAAAUGGCCAUGUUGUUGGCUGCUGCUUCAACAAAUGGAGGAGUACCUCCACCCAUGCCCAUAACACCAUCAAGUAAACAACGUGGACAAUUGCCAGAAGCAUUUGAAUCGGUAAUUGUAAAUGCAUCAUCUGGUAAAGCUCCGCCAGUACCACCAUUGCCAACAGAAGCAGCAACAAGGCCGUCUAUACCACCACUACUCUCAUUGACUAGAAGCAAAUCAAAGAGUGCAACCUCAUUAAAAGUCGAUUAUGUAAAUGAUGGAAACAAAAACAACAAUGGCAACAAGACCAUCAUCAAACCACCACAACAUCAAUCAGAAAAAAUACCUCCACCACCUUCACUAACUUCACGGGCCAAGUCUCAGGAGUCAUUGAAUACCAAACCAAGACGAGGAUCACUACCACAAAAUGAAAAGUCUACCAGUAUACCUAAUUUGAAGAGAAGUGGUACUGCUGGAGGUGCUAAAGCUAAACAAUUGAUGGAGGCAGCUAAUAGUGCUGCUGCAGCUAUGCCUAUGCCCUCUACUUCUGGUACUGGAAAUAGUAAACAUGGUACUGUGAAAGGGGAUAAGGAGAAGGAUUGUCUCCUCAUGUAG